AUGACUUACAGCCCUCUCGUUGGGUCGCUCGUGUUGAUCCCGAACCAGGUCCAACAAGGCGACUCCAUCCCCGACAUCGACCUUUACGAGUACUCUCCCGGUAACAAGGUGAACCUCGCUAAAGAAUUGGCUGUGGGCAAAGACGUCAUUAAGGCGUUCCAGCAGCUUUUUCCCGGCUGCUCCGACUAUCAUGUCCCCGGUUAUAUCAACAGCAACCAGCUGAAAGAUGCCGGCGGAGCCUUCGUGGUCAGUGUCCACGAAGCCUUCGUUAUGAAGGCCUGGGGCAAGAGCUUAGACGAGCCAAAGAGCAGCGGCAUCCGAUUCCUUACUGACCCAGCUGGAGCAUUCACUCACGCUUGGGACGUAGAGCUGGAGGCGGCCAGGACCUGUGGAAACAAUCGAAGCAAACGAUCGGCUGUCCUCACCGAGAAUGGCAAGAUCUCAAAGACGUCUGUCGAACCUGAUGGCACCGGCAUCUCCAGUCUGGCCUUCCCUACAAUCUGUUCUGAAGAACGCUAA